UUAUUUGCUUUUUAGAUUCGUAAAAACUAAUUAUGACAACUUUUAUCAUACUUUAAUGAAGCCUUCAAAACGGUGAACGAUGGAAGGAAAAAAUAAGAAAUGUUGUCCGAAGUGUUGUCAGUUUUACGAGAUUAAUUAUUUGAAUUCAAAACCUUUGGGUGGUAAUGUACCACUCUUUCUUUCAUGCGGUCACACCAUAUGCGAAAACUGUGUUAGGACUCUCAUAAAAUGUGAACCAUCCAUCAAUUGUCCAAUAUGUGAAAACAAAACAAACAUAUCUUCAUCUGACAUAGCUUUAAUAGCACUGAACAAGUUUGCCCUAUAUGAUUUCUUUCCUAUAAAUAAUAAUAUGUUAGGUGAACUUAUAUUGCCGGAUAUAAAGCCGAACAUUAAUACAUCUAGUGCAGAUGAUGAAUAUUUUCUUAAUAUCACAGAACUAAUUAAAACUACAGAAUCAUCAAAAGGGGAAUGUGUGGAAUGCAAUCAACCAACUUCAAAAAUGUGUGAACAGUGUAGCAUCAUAGUUUGCGAUAAUUGCUUUAGUAAGAGUCAUAAGAAUUUCGUGAUUUUCAAAAAUCACACACUUCAAAAUCUUAAUGUUAAAUCGGAAAGUGCUUUUUGUCAUAUACACAAGAGCAAAUUAUUGGAUUACUAUUGCUAUGAUUGCGUCAAAGCUAUAUGUAUGGAUUGUUUAAUGGUUGGCGGAGACAAAUCUUGUAAGAACCACAAUAUCACAUCCAUUGAGCAAGUGAAUGAAUCUAUGUUGAGUGAAGUCACCGAAUUGGCACCAACGGUUGAGGAAACACUUAAAAGACUUACAAAAACGGCAUUUGAUAUUGGAAAGACAUUAACAAGACUUAAUGACGAUAAUAAUUCUGACGCAUUCACAAAACUUUUGAAUGAAGUUGAGCAAAACUAUUCGAAACUAAAUGCUGCCAUACAAAAACAAAAAAACUAUAUUGUUGCCAACAUAAUAAAAAUGAAAUUAAUUGAAAUAGAUUCGCUUAACGAAGCUAAAUAUAGUGUUGCUGAAUCAAUACAGAGAGCGAAAUAUGCUUUGGAUACAAUUAAUUCUAUAGAUACAAAAAAAUUAAAAGAGGUAAAUAUGUCGGCAGUUUUAAAGGACGCCAAAGAAAUUGUUAACACGCCAUGGUAUUUAAAUAGAGAGGAAACAGAGAGUUCAUUAAGAAUAAAGAUAAACGACAAUAUCAUACAAAUGAUAGACAGCUUCAUACAACUGGAGGGGAGUGAAUGUCAUACGUACACUUUAAGUACUACCAGAGAACUUGUUGAACAAAAUGUGGAUAUCCCAAAAGCACCACCUACUAUAGUGUAUCCCCCUGAGAUUGUUAAAGAUGUGCGAGAAACGGUUAAAUGCAAGACCGGAAAGGACAAAGAUAAUGUCAAAGCGACGAGUUUCAUAAAAAAAAUACCACAAUACAAGAGCAAAAUGGGAUCGUGUUCUUCACUGAAUUCUAUAAGCAGUGACACAUCGCACAAAAGUUAUCAGUCAUAUGAUCAAACACCCACAAUAUCGUCUUAUCCAGACGACCAACAUUCGAAGCAAUUUUUUGAAGGAUCUCAAGAGCUGAUAUAUAUAUCACAUAUCGUGGAUCCUCACAAUUUCUACAUACAAAGGGCCUGUCAUCAGUCUAAUAUCAAGGAAAUGUUGAGGGAGUUCAAAAAUGCGGUUUCAAUGCCAAGACCGUCUGUCAGCCAUGUUACUGAGGGUAAAAUGUAUCUGGUAUUUAGUAAAGUUGACAAUAUGUGGCAGCGUUGUGAAGUGUUGUCAGUGGACAAACGAAACGUUAACAAGCCGAUAUACAAAGUAUUCUGUGUCGACUUUGGCUGUACUGAAUUCGUUACCAUAGAUAAAUUGCGUCUAUUACAACGCGCCCGUGUUCAAAACCCUCCACACUUCGCUUUCAACUGCAGACUGGCCAACUGUGAGCCAAUUAACGGAAGUUGGACCAGCGAAGACUCCAUACUUAUUCAGAAUAUCAUUGACAAUAAACAGGCUGUGCUUCAUGUGCAUCAAUUACGAUCGAAUACCACGGGAGGCGUGUCUUUGGAAGGAGAUGUUAUCACGGUGGAACACGCAGUUAAUGUAGCGCGGGCACUCGCCUUCCAUGGGCGGGCGAGGAUACCUCAUGCGACGAAAUAUCCAAAAAUAAAGGCCAUGACAGAGAAACCAAAACUGUUUAUGAGUAAUAACGAUUUCAAACAAGGCACCGUGGAAGAUGUUUAUAUCACGCAUAUUAUGAGCCCGGAUCAUUUUUAUGUUAGAAAGCAACACCUUCAAAGUGUUUACGAAAAUCUAUGUGAAGAAUUGGAUCACGAGUACAGUUUAAGUUCACAAAAUGACUGUAUAUAUUUACCAGAAAAAGACAUGGUGGUGGUUGCUCACUGUUCCUGCUGGUCCCGUGCUGUGAUCCGUGAGCUGCCGGGUCGUGGUCGUGUGCGUGUGAUGUGUGUUGACACUGGAGUAUCGGAACUGGUGCAUUGGACCGCAUUGAGGAGACUGAAGACUAAGUUCACUGUACUGAGGGCGCUGGCAACUGAAUGUCAUUUGGCGGGAGUGACGCCUCUAAAUAAAAAAUGGAGCCCGGCUUCCGUAUCGCUGCUACAAGAGUUUCAAGACAAGUUACUAGAGCUUUGUGUUGAAGACAAUCGCAAUAAAAACUCGUUGGGUGUCACACUCAACGACACGAGUGACGAAAGUAAUGUUGUGUGCAUCAACACGCUAAUGAUUAAACAUAAGUUCGCUGUGAGUUUUGGACUUUUUAUGUUUAACAAAAACACGGAUAUGGACGAUCUAGUCAUCACUAACAAAUCGCCGCUCGAUGAACCCAAACCUGUUUUGAAAAGCGGAAAAAAAAUUACAAUCCUCAAAAAAGACGCAAAUGUAGAAAAUAAAACAGAUGAAAAAAAUUUGAAAGCGAAGGAUAAAGGACCUCUUAGACUUGAAGCGCACAUCCUGAAUUAUCAAUCGCCAUCACUCUUAUAUGUGUCUUUGGUGCAUCAACAGAAAACAUUCAAUGAACUGUUUGAGAAAAUACAAAAGUAUUACACUACUAAGAAAAUACAAGGCAAAAAUGUGUGGAACGUCGGUGAUAGAUGUUGUACUCUAUGUAAUGAGUCGCACACAUGGCGCCGGGCGGCCAUUUUGGAAAUCGAAAAUGAUAAUGCCAAAGUGUUUUAUUCUGAUUUCGCGUGCGUUGAAACGGUUCCUAUAUCCGAUUUGAGGGAAUUAUCCCAAGAAUUCGGAUCUGUAGGUGAUGCUGCGAUAAUGUGCCAUCUGUGUGGCGUCACACCAGCUGUCGGUGAUGAAUGGCCAUCGCUUACGAAGGAAUACUUAAAGGAAUUACUUGACGCGUAUAAAAGAGUUUUUAUAACUAAAGUCGGUCAAUUUAAGGGUAAAAGUAUGCCGGUAGAACUGUGGGUGUACCACACGAUACAAGGAGGCGCUCUCGAACCGAACAAAUCUGAAUGGAGAUGUCUCAAUAAGAAAAUAAUUGACCAAGGUUUAGGAAUUCCUGAUAAAAGUGAUGAGCUAACUCCUGACUGUGCUACCAACGGCGACGAUAUGCUGUCUUUCUUAAACAUUACCGGUUCGGUUCGUGAUUGGCUGCAAAUAGAACCGAUGCCAUUGAAACCACUCAAAAUAAAAAGUUGUUCUGAUGAAGCCAGCAAUAAUUCAACGCAAGGGGAAAAUCAAAGUGAAAAGUUCGAAAAUGUCUCAAAUUCAAAUACAGUUUUCAUAUCAGAAUGGUUACCACCCGAACCGUUGCCGGCCAAUGAGUUCAAAGCUAUGCCAACAUACAUAGACAACGACGGCCUAAUUUACCUUCAUGACAUGUCACAAGAGGAUACUUUGGAUCUUAUCCGCAAAGCGUUGGAUGUGCGCUUCAAGAAUCCAGAUCCAAAAGCAAAGUUCGUCAAGUGGUCGGUAGGCGAGCCGUGCGUGGCGCUUUACUUCUUAGACAAUCGCUUUUACAGGGGGAAAAUACUAGCGGUCGAUAACGAAGAGUCGACAUGUCUGGUCCACUACAUAGACUACGGGAACGAUGAAAUCUGUGCAUUCGAAAAUCUUAGAAAGAGUAUAGCCUUGUACCAAAUACCGACUCAGGCGCAUAAGUGUGUUCUGAGCAAAAUAGAACCCGUCGGCAAGAACUGGGACAGAACGACCUUGGAUUAUAUACAUAGAUCAAUAGUCGAGAAAAUAUGUUUCGUUAAAGUUAGUGGGGAAGCGAUAGGCGAUCUGGUUCCUAUAGAACUAAAGUACGACAAGUUGUGGGUCAAUGAUCAUCUAGUGGAGUUUGAGAUGGCCAAAUACACGGACGGCUCCGAGGCCAUUGUAAGAAAAUACGCCCCAGAUAUAAAAGAUAAGAAAGAUAAAAAAGAUAAAAAACCAGAACAGCUAAUAGAAUCAGAUUCCGGCCCAGAUUAUAUCAUAGGGGACGAUAACGUUGACACUUCAACGACACACGAUUCUAUAAAUUUAGGCUCAUUGGAUGGCAAGGACUGGAACGAAGUAAUAGAAAUCGAAGAGAACCAAAACAACUUCGUAACUUACACUCCUUAUAGUGAAAGGGAGUUCAAAUGCACGAUAACGGUACUCAACGACGUCAACACACUCGAACUGAAUAUCGCCUUCGACGACCACGCCGCUAAGACAUACGAGGACAUGUUCGCAGAACUUCAGAAUGAUAGCUGUGAUGCGAUUGGGUUGAAUGGUGUUUUUGAGAACAAGGCCUGUGUUGCCCUGUUUCCGGAUGACGGUCAAUGGUAUAGAGCCUCCAUUUUACAGUACAGCAGAACUUCAAAUCGGGUGAAAGUCAAAUAUGUAGAUUAUGGCAACAUUCAAGUACUAUCACUGACUGAUGUCAGAGAAAUUGACAGGAAAUUUGUUGAACUACCCCCGGCUAAUUUAACCGUAACGUUGCACGGUGUGAGACCGAAUCCGAGCAUAGACAAAGUUUGUUUGGUGAAAGUUUACGAACAGACAUUCCUAGACAAAGAACCGUUUGACGUUAAAAUUAUCGAUAUUAUUGAUUCGGUGCCCAGCGUCGAGCUGAGGCGGGAUGAACAUUUGGUUUACGAAAAUCUCAUACAAGAAAACAUUUUUGUCAAAUGUGAUUGAUUACUAAGUGGAUUCUUAAUUAUUAUUUUUUCCAUUUUUUUUUUUUUUUUUACUGUCAAAGUAACGGAAUAUUUUGUUUGUUCUAUGACCAUCUUAAUAAAUAAAUGAAUAAAAAAAAACUUGUAUUUGUUAUACAGUUUUCAUAUCAGAAUGGAUUUUUUAUAUUUUUUUUAGACCUCAUGGACUGAAUGAAAGAAAUUUCAAUGAGGUUCCAUUCAUAACAUUCAUAUUUAGUCUGUGGCGAAAUAUUAGACGGUUGAAAUGCAAGAAUUGAAUAAACAUUUUAUUUUUAAAUACAAAAAUUUGUUUUUCAAAUACAUUUUUAAAGCUGAAAAUCUAGAUAUAGUUGAUUAACAUUUUUUUAAAUUAACAAGUUUUAGCAAUGAUUAAAAGUAUAUAGAAGCUUAAAUACCACUUUAGUAGCAUCAAUACAGAGUAGUUGUAUGUAAUUAUAAGGGUUUAAAAAUUAGUCGGGGUCACUUUUGGACAAAUUGCUACAAGACGUAAAGGAGCGCCUGUCCCCUUAGCAAUUUUCAUUGGUAGUAUCAAAGCAGUGCAACCGUAGUCUGUAAAAAAAAUAAUUAAAAUUAUACUAAACAAUAACGCAAAAAUACUAGAAAUAUAAAUUUAUUAUAACUCACCGGGAACAUUUUCGUCUAAUUUGACAUUUUCUAACAUAUAAAGACCCGAUUUGGUUAAUAUUUUGUGCGCGUCAAAUCCCGUACUUGACCCAGGAUCGACAGAAGCUGUAUCAACACCUACACCGAUGAUAUUUUUGUACGAUGACGUUAUCCAUUCCGCCACUUCUGCACUCAAA